AUGACUAAACCAGUUUUGACCAAAGCAACUUUUUCAAUUCAAGAUGGACCCUCGUACGAAGGUUACUCGUUUGGUGCCAACAAGUCUGUGGCUGGUGAAACCGUAUUCACAACCUCACUAGUUGGAUAUCCCGAAUCGAUGACCGACCCCUCGUACAAGGGCCAAAUUUUGGUUUUCACGCAACCAUUGAUUGGUAACUACGGUGUGCCUUCGGGCGAUGCUCGCGAUGAAUUCAACCUUUUGAGAUACUUCGAGAGCCCCCACGUCCAUGUCGUAGGUAUUGUAGUUGCCGAGUAUGCGUGGAGAUACUCUCACUGGACUGCAGUGCAAUCGCUGGCCGAAUGGUGUGAAAAGGAGGGAGUCGCGGCAAUAACUGGUGUCGAUACUCGUAGUGUGGUUCAGUACUUGAGAGAACAGGGUUCCUCUCUCGGACGCAUCGUGGUUGGCGAUGACACUGCACCAGCAUACGUCGACACUAUGAAGCAACACUUGGUCUCUAAGGUUUCGACCAAGCAGCCUUAUUACAUCAAGGCUGGAAGCAAUGUUGCCAAUCCAGCCAAUAUUGCACUCAUUGACUGCGGUGUCAAGGAAAACAUCGUCAGAUCUCUAGUCGCCAGGGGCGCCAACGUCACUGUAUUCCCUUACAAUUUCAGAAUCCAAGAUGUCGCAGCUCAAUUCGACGGUGUGUUUAUCUCGAACGGUCCAGGUAAUCCUCUUUCAUGCUCUGAUACCAUUGAGAACUUGAAGGAGCUAAUGAACGACUCAAAGCUUGUCAAGUUACCAAUUUUCGGUAUUUGUUUGGGCCACCAGUUGCUAGCUUUAGCCUCCGGUGGCUCUACCACCAAAAUGAAGUACGGUAACAGAGCUCACAACAUCCCUGCCUUGGAUCUAACCACCGGCCAAUGCCACAUCACCUCACAAAACCAUGGUUAUGCGGUGGAUGCAGAUUCGCUUCCGAAGGAUGAGUUCAAGCCUUACUUCAUUAACUUGAACGAUGGUUCCAACGAAGGUAUGAUCCACGUCUCUAGACCAAUUUUCUCCACCCAAUUCCACCCAGAGGCAAAGGGCGGUCCAAUGGACACUGCAAUCCUAUUCGACAAAUACUUCAAUGAUAUUGCCAAAUUUAGAGCUGCUAGAGACAGAAAUUUGAAGACUGUUGUUCAAUUUGAAGUUCCCGUCCAUUCUCUUGCCACUGAAAGGGUCUUGUAG